UUUAAAAUAGAUAUUAUCCGGUCUCUUUGCUGAGGUCACAUUGAGCUGCGAGCGGCUUCAGGGGCGUCUUUAGGAAUCAGCAACAUGGCAGAAGACAUCAAGACCAAAAUCAAGAACUACCGGACUGCUCCUUUUGACAGCCGCUUCCCCAACCAGAGCCAGACCAGGAACUGUUGGCAGAACUACCUGGACUUCCACUGCUGUGAGAAGGCAAUGACUGCUAAAGGGGGUGAUGUCUCUGUGUGUGAAUGGUACCGGCGUGUAUACAAGUCCCUGUGCCCCAUAUCCUGGGUUUCGGCCUGGGAUGACCGCCGGGCAGAAGGCACAUUUCCUGGGAAGAUCUGAACUGGGCAUCCUCCAUCCUUCCCCCAGGGACGGGAAGGGGGGCCUGGGUACAUCCCACUCUAGAAUCCUGAAUCAUGGCUUAACUAAUAAUAAAUACUUGU